AGUGGGUCAACCUACACAGACCCAAUGCUCGAAGGGUGAUGCAUGCUCCCGCCAGGGACAGAUUGGCCUUCGGUACACCGACUCGAGGUUGCUCUAUCAGAUGCAUAUCCGCAGGCCUGCUCAACCGACGUCAAUGAAGAACCGACCUCGAUGGGUAGGCCGAUCGGGUCACUGUCGCCAAACGAAAGAGCGCACAGGAGAGAGAGAGAAAAGAGGUUGACUCGGGUCUUAUCUGUUACGCGUGCCUCUACGUAUCGCGACAUGGAGAAAUCCUUGUUGAAACCAUAUGCUCUAUGUGACCAUCGCAUGGGCGCAUGAACUCAGCCUUGAUGCGCGCUCAGACGGACCGUGCGUUCGUAGACCUGCAACCAAUUGCCCCAGCAGACUGGAAAGAUGUUCCAACAAAAAACGGACCACCGCUCCCGUAAGUGCAGCAGCAGCCAUGAACCAAGCAAGCCUGCAGGAGACUUCUCCACAGGCGUUUCGCGAAAGAGUGGUGUUACCUUGUCGCUCGCCCUUUUGGAUCGUGCUCUCAAGCGCUUCGUGCGCAGGCCGUUUGCGCCCCCAGCGUGCUAAUUGCUGCUGCGUGCUUAGCGCUCCGUCAUGUAAGCCGCAUGUCUCAAACAUCCAGGGGAGCCUGAGAUCCCAAGGCGCUGUAGCGUUGCACCCUUCUAUCAUCCCAAGGCAAUUGCAAAUCGACAGCGGGACAGCCAGCAGGCAGGCAAGCCAAUUGCUUUUGAGAGGGGUAUCGAGAACCCUUCGUUGAUGCCACAGUUGCCAAUUGCCAAGUCCAGCGGGCCCCAUCGCGGCGGCGCGAUGUUUCUUUCUUUCACGAUGACCCAAGAAGUCAGGCAGCCCGCCACGCGCAGUCGUGCAUGCACUUGUGUAGACUUUUCAGAUACCUCGCUUCUCUCCGCCGUCUACAUUGGCA